CAGCAGUCUCCGCUCUUGUGUGUAGUCCAGAGCGCAAAACGCACUUCUUCUGGUGCGACCGGAGGGCGCAAAAGUAGCAGUUCUCCGACACUGACGCGCACACCAUCUCCAACUCCGGCGGCCCUCUGAAUCCAACUUCACUGAGCGGGAAAUAACGAGUUUCUCAAUAACUCCCGGUGACUCUUCCAGCCAUGGACGCAUCUCGACUCGUAACGCUAUAUCUGUGCCUGCUCCUUUUUUUCCUUGGGAAUAUACCGUGUUUCCAGUCUGCUGCUAUCAUCUCUCCCUCUGCGCCGAGAAGAAACAGGGGAGCCCGGAUCUCUCAUCGGGACGGACAAAGGUCAUCCAAAAUCCUAAAAGACAUCUUCGCGUCUACGCACCCUAUCGAGGGCCAUCACAAAGAAGACCUAAAGGACUCUAUUGUGCCGCAUGAAUACAUGCUCUCCAUAUACAGGACAUACUCGGCUGCAGAGAAGCUCGGACUAAACGCAAGCUUUUUCCGCUCCUCUAAAUCUGCCAACACCAUAACAAGUUUUGUGGACAGAGGAACAGACGAUCUUUUGCACUCUCCUCUGCGAAGACAAAAGUAUCUGUUUGAUGUCUCAACCCUUUCAGACAAAGAGGAGCUGGUCGGGGCGGAAUUAAGGAUAUUCCGGAGAGCGCCCGGGGACGUGCAGACUUCCUUGCAGACGACGGGCCUCUACGACAUCCAGCUGUACCCCUGCCGCUCGGACCGGCUGCUGGACUCCCGGUCUCUGGACCCGCUGGACUCCACCAAGGCUGGCUGGGAAGUGUUGGACGCGUGGGAAAUGUUUAAAGCACACCAGCAUCACUAUCAUCCCCACCACCCCCAUCAUCAUCACCACCACCACCAUCCCUAUCAGCAAGGGAACCAGCUCUGCUUCCAGCUCCGCGUCACUCUCCGCAAAUCCAACACCGAGGUGGACCUGAGGCAGCUGGGGCUGGGAAGGAGCGGCCGGCCCCAGCAGGAGAAGGCCAUCCUGGUGGCCUACACCCGCUCCAAGAAGCGGGAGAACCUGUUCAACGAGAUGAAGGAGAAGAUCAAGUCGCGGAGGUCGGUCGGCGAGAAGGAGGAGGGGGCGGUGGCGGGGAAGGCGGCGGCGGAGGAGGGGGUGGGGGUGGCGCUGAGAGGGGUAAGAGGAGAGGGGCCCCGGCGGCGGCGGAGGACCGCGCUGACCAAUAGGCACGGGAAGAGGCAUGGGAAGAAAUCCAAAUCCAGGUGCAGCAAAAAGGCGCUGCACGUGAAUUUCAAAGAGCUGGGCUGGGACGACUGGAUCAUCGCGCCUCUGGAUUACGAGGCGUACCACUGCGAGGGGGUGUGCGACUUCCCCCUGCGGUCGCACCUCGAGCCGACCAACCACGCCAUCAUACAGACGCUCAUGAACUCCAUGGACCCCAACAGUACCCCGCCCAGCUGCUGCGUCCCCACCAAGCUCAGCCCCAUCAGCAUCCUGUACAUAGACUCGGGCAAUAACGUGGUGUACAAACAGUACGAGGACAUGGUGGUGGAGCAGUGUGGGUGCAGGUAGCGGUCCUUAUAUAAUAUACAUAAAAAAAAAAACUUUAAAAGACAGAGAAAUCAAAGAUAAGUCUUGAUGGGUCCCAGGUUGAAGAUGUAAAGCCCUCACAGGUCUGACAUGCUUUGACGCAUGACGCGCCUUGUCUUUAUUGAAAAGGGAUGCACACAGUGGCGAUAGCUGCUAUUGUUUCAGACUCAGUACAGUCACAAUAAUUCACACUCUCUGCCUUAACGCGUUACGCCUUCAUUCCCAUCCACGCAACAAGUCAUCACUCAUCAAACGGGCUUCUGUUUCCCAGUGAGUGAGGCGCGUCCAUUAUGGCACAAGGGAUGGGUACAAGGCGAGAUGCACGGGGGCCUAUUGAGUGCGACUGUGCACCUGUUCGUGCCGAGGCCAGAGGACAGUGGGCUUUGCCUGUCAGCGCUUUAUUGUUGCAGCUCUGCCGUGUGAUCCUGCCAGCCAGGCCGGCCUCUUUUGGGUAUGUGCAUCCAGGCCGUAAUUGCCACUGUCCAGCUGGAGUCAUUACAGGCCCGAGCAAGUGCCUGUUUUCCAAAUAAAGGGGGUGAAUGUCUAAUCUACCAAACACACACACACACACACACACACACACACACACACACACACACACACACACACACACACACACACACACACACACACACACACACAGAGACUGGUCUGAGGAAAGGAGAUAAGAUGGUGAUGGUAAUGCCUUCAAGAGAUUUUUGCCUUACUGGAGAGCAUUUGAGAGGCGCUGGGAGAGGCGUCAUGCGCCUUUGUGGACAGAAAGGACACAACACCAGGCUUGUGCCUGACUGGGGCCCUGUUGUAAAAAAAUAAAAUAAAAUAGCACACAAAUUUGAGGCGAACUUUUUGCUCAAAAGUCUGCAUCUUUACGAAAUGCACUUCCACGCCUGACUGCGCCAAGGACCCGCGCCGGUCAGCGAGAGUUGUCUUUUCUGAUGACGACAAUAUAAGAAAAGAAGACUCGCAAACGAGACGAUAUUUAAAUGCACAUUAGCUUUGAAUGCACUGCUGUUCAUUAUUAAUUUUUUUUGGAGCUGUAAAUAUUUGUACAGUCGAAAACUUUACAAAGUGCAACGAAUGAAGAAAUGAGGAAACGGCAUUUCUUUGUAAAUAUACAAAAUGCACUCAAAUCGGUAUAAUUUCUAUUCUAUAAUUAUUUUAUUAUUUGUGAUGUACAGAGUUCCAUGAUAAUCAUAUAUUUCUUACAUUGAUAAGAGUAAUUUAAGCUGUAUUCGAUAUUGUUCUUGCAGAGGGUGGAAAAUACCAUUAUUAAUGUCUACCUCAUAAUUGCAUAUAGGAUCAGAGUUUUGAGGUGCAUUCAGUUAGAGUGUAAAGAGCUUUUACAAUGAUAUAUAAGAUCAUUUAUAUACAUAUAUUACUGGAUACUAUUCCACACCAUUACUGUACAAAUAAAAUUCAAAACUAA